GUCUGGACUUCCGCCCUGCCGCGUCGCUUGUGGAUGGGUGGAACCAACCCGUCUUGUUUUAUCGUCAUUUGAUGGAGCCGCUCUCUUUCAUGGAUGUCCCAGGACCCCCACGAUAAGGACGCGAGGGUUCUUUCACAAGUUUAUCCUUUCUACACUUUAAUCAUCCAUUCAAGCCAUCGUAGACCCCGUCUCCCUCGUGUCUCACAUCGUGCUACAUAUUCCUAGGGCGUCGUUUUAUGCAAGCCGCGUAUCAAAACAAUCAGCUUUAUUUACAAACACAAAUAUCACCGAUUCCACUCAUUACACAUCACCAAGGCGACUGCCAUCAGAUGAAAGGUUCAUCUGAUCAAGCAUCACCUGACUCGGCCAACUCCUCCAAACUCCAUCUUGAUCAGAGGAGGAAAAGAGCAAAACUCACGUUUACCUAAAUUAUCGGGUUUGGACCUCGGUCCAGUGUUUAGUUUCGAACUAUAAACAACUGACCAGGAAAGGGCAUGGUGAUGGGGGAUCAGUCGGGCCGUCGACACCAGCCCGCGCUUCGCAUUCAGGAACCCGACCUGGGAGAAAGAAGGCCCCUUCUACCCCGACGGACAACGACAACCGGAACACAAAAUGGCAAUCAGCAUCACUCACUUGACGGCCAAGUCUACACUUGUUAUGAUUACCACUCCCAGCUACCAGUUUACACCAACAUCCAUCGGAUCCGUCGGGAUAUCAUCUCGGUGGUGGAGGACUAUCUGAGCCUGGAUCAACUCCGCGAUAUCCGCAUUAACAUAUCGGUCGUCCGCCCACUAGUGGACAAGUUUUAUGAGCAAGACGAUAUCUCGAUAGUCUACUGCUUGCUGGUCAACCGCGCGCAGUUCUUGAACGAGCAGUCGCAUCUCAACAAUAGGCAAAAUGUCAACUACACACGCGCCAUGCUGUGUGAACUAAUAGCCACACGCAUUCUCAGGAGAUGCAGUGAGGACAACGAGGGUCCAGAGGGUCUUUUGGUGUUGGCGCAUAUUCUUAUUGCUGGCUUUGAGCCGUUCCAAAAUGCUCCGCCAGAGAUUCGCCAGGAGGUACAUGCCCCGACAGCAUGGCAUAAGACGCUGCCGGCCCUGGAGGUAGCCAUCCUGAGUGAGGCUAAGAUCUUUCUGAGCUCAACAUCAUGCCAGAAGAUUGUGGACGCCAUCUACGAGGGACGGGUUAUUUACAGCCCUUCUAGCUUCCUGGACCUUAUCCCGGACCGUUACAAGCAGAAGCCAAUAUCUCUUUAUGACCCCAGAGAUGCGCCUUUGCUCAAUCAGUACCGCCUGGUUGUACCGCGAACCCGAAAUAUUUUGGAAAUCAUCCAGUUUGUCAUCCUCCUGGCUCUCUAUCUUGUAUUCAUGUCCGAAAGAGACGCAGGUCGGAUAACGAAACUGGAAAUUUGCUUCACCGUCUACGCCUUCGGUUGGGUACUCGAUCAGUUUGCAACGAUUCUCGAGCACGGUUGGGAUGUGUACACUGAAAACUUGUGGUCGUUCCUCGAUGUCACCUUUGCUUCCAUCUAUUGGAUCUACCUUAUCAUGCGUGUGUACGGCUGGCAAUCUCAUAACGAAGAACUAGGACAACAAGCUCUUGACGUGCUGGCCAUGGGCGCACCGGUGCUUGUUCCUCGCUUGGCGUUUAAUUUGCUGUCUGACAACAUCCUCUUCCUGUCGCUCCGGUCCAUGAUGGCCGAUUUCUCUCUACUGACUGUACUGGCUGGCUGGUGCUUCUUUGGCUUCCUGUUGUCCCUUGUCUGGCUAGGAAACCACCAGUUCUCCUGGGUAACUAUCAGCAAAUGGAUGAUUUACAUUUGGUUCGGUCUGGAUGGAUCCGGCAUCCACCAUUCGACCGACUUCCACAAAUACCUAGGACCAGCCCUAAUGGUCAUGUUCGCCUUCCUGGGCAACACACUAUUCCUCACCAUCCUCGUCUCCAUGCUGUCCAACACCUUCAGCACCAUCGUCAGCAACGCAUUCGCAGAAAUCCAGUUCCGGCAUGCCGUCUUGACACUCGAGGGCGUCAAAGGCGACGCCAUCUUCGCUUACCAACCACCCUUCAACAUUCUCGCCGUCUUCAUCCUCAUCCCCCUCAAAUGGUUCGUCACCCCGCGCUGGUUCCACAAAAUCCACGUCGCCAGCGUGCGUCUGCUCAACCUCCCCCUCCUGCUCGUCAUCGCCCUGGUCGAACGCCGAAUCCUUCCCCCAAUCACCUCAACAGCAGGAGGAGAACCACCAGCGGGCGGGCCAUCUGUCAACUCCUCUAACUCCUCAUCCUCCUCCUACCCUCGACGCACCAAAGGCAAAGGCGCGCGCUUCUGGAACAAGUGGCGCAUCACCGUGCACAGCGACAUCGAGACCGUCUUCGAAGUCCCGCCGCCAGACUCGGUACUCGAACAGAUCGCUGGAGACGAUGAUCUCACGAAACAUUUGAUCAGGCGGCAGUUUGUCCGGAAAGACACCGUGGAAACAGCCACAAAGACACCGGCCAAGGACACAAACACGGACAAGAAAAAGCCACCUAGUCGUCGCGACAGCAUCGCCCCGUUCCCGGGCCUGAGGACGGAGUUGCAGGGCGUUUUGAGCGAGAGUGAUGAGAUGAGCGCUAUUACGGCGAGACUGGAGGCUUUGGAGAAGAGCACGAGGAGGAUAGAGUUCAUGUUGGCGAAGCUUACGGGCGGGUUGGAUGAUAAUAAGGAUGAUACGGCUAUUGAGUGUACGGAGAGUCCGAUUGAUGAGGAUGACGAUAGGGAGGAGGGGGCGGUAUCGCAGGCUACGACGAUGUGAAGAGGUGUGUGUGUAGGAAUAGAAUGAGAAUGAGAAUGGGCUGUAUACCUACGAAUGAAUAGCGUUUGAUGUUCAGAG